AUGUCGAAUCCCCAGACUCUCAAUAUUGCUCUGCGAAACGGAACGACGUCUAGCAAUGUCUACGCCUAUGUUACCGGGCAGGAUAUCAAUAACAACUACUUCCUGUUUAUACUCCAGGCCGAUGGCCAAACAGCAUAUCACCCGGUCUCACCGUCUUCAAACGGCUCGCCUCUAGCCGUCCCUUGUGACAUUUCACUUGGUCCUCCAGGCUCGACUACCACGAUAACCGUGCCUCAACUCGCAGGAGCCCGACUCUGGUUCUCUGUCAACGACAAACUUACCUUCCUCCUCAACCCAGGUCCAGGUUUGGUGGAACCGUCGGUUUCGAAUCCGUCUGAUCCGAACUUCAAGAAGACUUGGGACUUCUGCGAGUUCACAUUCAAUCAGUAUCAGCUCUUUGCAAAUAUUACUUACGUCGACUUCGUCUGCCUCCCAAUAUCGCUGUUAUUGCUAAAUUCUUCCGGGUCAACUCAGCAUGUGACUGGCAUUCCUCCAAAUGGACUCGAAACCAUUUGUGCCGGGCUACAGGCACAAAAUGCAGCUGAUGGCGCUGGCUGGGACACACUCAUCGUCAGUAAUAACGGCACCAAUCUUCGAGCGUUGAGUCCAAACACCGGAAUUGUGAUGAACCCCAGUCUCUUCUCAGGAUACUACAACAACUACGUCCAGGCAGUCUGGUCACAAUACACCAGCGCUCCCUUAAUGGUCGACACUCAAGCUCAAUGGGGUACCGUGGCAGGCACCGUAACCAACAACCUCCUCACUUUCCCCGGCGUGGGAACAUUCUCUCAGCCCUCGGCUGGUGAUAUCUUCUCCUGCAGCACGGGGCCGUUCGCAGCCUCCCAAGACAACACAGCAGAAAUGGGAGCCAUCACUGCUCGCCUCGCGGCAGCAUUCAAUCGUUCCACAUUGCUGAUUAACUCUCAGCAGCCGAACGGAGAAGUUGAGAGCAGUUACUAUCAGAGGGCGCCCACGAAUCAUUAUUCGAGGAUUGUUCAUGCGGCGAAUACGGAUGCGAGGGGUUACGCUUUUCCGUACGAUGAUGUGGGACCAAGUGGUGGGCAGGAUCAGAGUGGUGCAGUCAGUGAUGGGAGUCCGGUUUUAUUGACCGUUAACAUUGGAGGGGGCUAAGGGAAGGAGGUCUUCCUAAGGCAAGACUUGGAUAGUGAAAGGUGAGAGUGUCUGGGAAAUUGGGGCUGGGGAAAGAAGGACAGGAGUCGGUCAUUGUAUUGGCAAUGGGAAGUUAGGAAUUGGAAGAAAGAAUGCAUUGGGACGGUCUUUUGCGAUGUCCAACUUCUUUCAUGAAUUUGACAUGCUGAUUAUGGCUUCUGUAGUAAUGGGCGGUAUGUUCCAAAAUGUAUGGGGUACCAAGUGGACUGUGUCCAACCUUAACACCUCGACCUUCAAAGCACGUAAACUCAAUGGAAGAGCAAGAAAUGAUGCCAUGAAGUGCUUCAUUAAGUAGUAAUGCAACU